AUGCAUAUUAUCGACGGCGGCGGCGGUGGCGGAUCAGCCAUUUCGAUCGACUCCCGCGAGAAAUCUCGCAUCUUUCCAGGCGUCCCUGUUAUCAAGACCCUUCCCCUUGGGUCAACACGGGAUCCUGCGACAUUUCAAGACGAGCUCUUGCUUGCAUGGACACUGGCAUGCUCCCCCAAGCUGGAAGAGCUCCCUGGGAGUUAUGACUGGGGAUACAUCCUCCCUGAUGGCAGCGUCCAACGGCAGUCGUUCCGCAUCGAUAACUCGACCUUUGAGGCCGAGAGGACAACUUCACAAGCGCUCGAGGGCAUCAAGAAGCACGAAGCUUUGUCAGAAGCGUCAUAUUCACCCUCAUCAGGUGCAAAGCUAUUCUUUGGGCAACUCCCCUACUCUCUCAAGACGGACAGGGAUCCGAAGGGAGACGAGGAUUCUCUAUAUCUUGAGGUCUCCGUCACCGACCAGUCGUUGGAGAUCUCCGGACGACACUCUACCUGGAGCGGAUCGAGCGACGUCGACCAAGAGGUCAGCAACUUCAUCUACGUUCUCAAGAACGUCCUCGAACAUCCGGACCGGCGGCUGGGAGACCUGCUCGGAGCUACAGCCAAGGACCUUGACCAACUGUGGCAAUGGAACCAAGAGGUGCCGCCCCUGAUUGAACGAUGUGUCCAUGACAUGAUUUCCGAUGUCGCCCGCGACCAGCCAGACGCCAUUGCUGUACAGUCUUGGGACGGAAACCUUACAUACAAGGAGCUUGAUGACUUGGCAACGCGCCUUGCACGCCACCUCCGAUCCCGGGGAGUCGAGAUUGGGACCAGGAUACCACUUUGCUUCGAGAAGUCCAGGUGGGCCAUCGUCGGGCUGCUAGGUGUGAUGAAGGCUGGCGGUACCUUUUCCCUCACCGACCCCAGCCAGCCUGAGGCUCGGUUAAGGACCAUCGUCGAGCAGACUGGCGCCGAGCUGGUCAUCACAUCGGUGGCCCAGAGCCAACUUGGCCAGAGGAUCGUCAAUGGCGGCCAGGUUAUCGCUGUAUCUGCCGACUUCUUUGAUGCCAUCCCCGAGGCUUCUGACGAGCCCCUGCCCCAAGUGCCUGCCCCGUCGCCCAUGUAUGUCAUCUUCACUUCGGGCAGCACAGGAAAGCCAAAGGGAGUUGUCAUCUCCCACGAGAACUACACCAGCGGUGCCAUAGAACGAGCCCGGCAGGUGGGCUACAACUCUACUUCUCGAUGUUUCGACUUUCCGUCGUACGCUUUCGACGUUAGCAUCGACUGUAUGCUCUGCACCCUGUUCAGCGGUGGGCGUGUCUGUGUUCCAUCCGAUGAGGCCAGGAUGAAUGAUCUCAGCGGUGCUAUCCGAGAGAGCAAGGCCAACAUGGUCCACAUGACGCCGUCGGUGGCUCGUGUCCUAGACCCCGACAUUAUCCCCACGCUUGAUGUCCUGGGACUUGGCGGAGAAGCUGUCGGAGCUAGCGAUGCGGCUGAAUGGAGCAAGCACGUCCAGCUCGUUAUCGCUUAUGGUCCAUCUGAAUGUACUGUCGGCUGCACGAUCAACAAUACCCUUCAUAUCUCGACCGGCAUUGGAAAGGCUGUUGGUGGAGUGUCGUGGAUCGUUGAUCCCGAUGACCACAACCGCCUUACUCCAGUUGGAAGUGUGGGCGAGUUGAUUAUGGAGGGCCCUGUCGUUGGUAUUGGGUAUCUCGGUGAACCCAAAAAGACGGCAGAGGUGUUCAUCGAGGAUCCUACAUGGCUUUUGGCAGGUCAUGGCGAUGUACCCGGCCGCCACGGACGGCUAUACAAAACCGGUGACUUGGUCCGAUAUGACCCCAAGAACCCUGGAGCCAUCGAGUUUGUCGGCCGGAAGGACCAGCAGGUUAAACUCCGUGGUCAGCGUGUUGAGCUCGCAGAGGUUGAGCAUCACAUCCGGGAGUGUCUGCCUCCACGAGUGAAGAUCGCUGCUGAGGUUAUCAAACCCGAGAACGGCGCACCAACAUUGGUGGCCUUCCUUGUUGAACCCAACCAGGCCCAGUCUGAUGCUUCAGGCACUCUUUUCACAGAACCUUCAGAGGAGCUCAGCGCCGCCCUCUCCCACAUCGACUCUGCUUUGGGUGCCAAGGUUCCUCGAUACAUGGUCCCUGCUGCCUUUAUCACUCUGCAGUAUAUGCCAUCGCUGGUGUCUGGCAAGACAGACCGCAAGAAGCUCCGGGAGAUUGGAAACUCGAUUCCACGAGAAAAGUUUGGCAGCCUGCAGUCUGGUGAUGGACAAGAGGAUGAGCCUGAGACAGAGGCAGAGAAGAAGCUGCAGAGGGCUUGGAACAAGGUGCUUGGCGCCGAAGUCAAGAUCUACAAGCAGAGCAACUUCUUUGGCGUAGGCGGAGAUUCACUUCGUGCCAUGAGGCUUGUUGCUGCGGCCCGCGAAGAGGGACUCGGCCUGACUGUUGCUGAGAUCUUUUCCAACACGACCUUUAGUGACAUGGCUGAGAAGGCUGUCGAGAUUGCCGAGACCUCUGAGGAGGAGAGGGAAAUUGCCCCGUUCUCGCUCCUUGACCAAGAUUGGGAUAUCAAUGAGGCACGAGCCGAGGCAGCGACUCUCUGUGGUAUCGAGGAGGACCUCGUGGAGGACGUUUACCCCUGCACACCCCUCCAAGAGGCACUUAUGGCUCUCUCAGCCAAGGUCAAGGAGGCCUACGUCGCUCAGAGAGUCGUUGAGCUACCCGAUAUGGAGACUGCCGAGCGACUUGUCAACGCAUUUGACGUUGCUCAACAGGGCUGCUCUAUUCUUCGGACCAGAAUUGUCCAGGCUUCUGGUCGUGGUCUCGUUCAGGUUGUGGUGAAGGGCCAUCUUGAGUGGUAUUCCGGAACCGACUUGAAGGAGUAUCUCGUCCGUGACCGAGACGAAGCGAUGGAUCUGGGCAAGCCUCUUGUUCGAUACGCCGUCAUUACCAACACUGAGACUGGUGCUGUCAACUUUGUCUUGAGCAUGCACCACGCUCUCUACGACGGUUGGGCCAUGCCCCUGAUCGUUGAACGUAUCAACAAGGCCUACACCGGUGGCUCAAUCAGCCGACCUGCCGAGUUCAAGCACUUUAUCAAGUAUCUCAACGGCAUGGAUCGAUCAAGCUCCGAGGUUUUCUGGAGGGAGCGACUGGAUGGCGCCAAUGGCCCUCAGUUCCCUGCCCUUCCUUGGCCUGGCUACCAGACAGCCGCCGACUCUCUCCUUGAGGUCUAUGUGCCUCUUGAGCACCCACCGACCAACUCCACCACAGCCACCGUCAUUAGGGCUGCCUGGGCUCUCGUCGUUUCUCAAUAUAUCAACAGCGGCGACGUGGUAUUUGGCGAGACGCUCACUGGCCGAAAUGCCCCUAUUGUGGGAGCCGAGGAGAUUGAGGGACCCAUGAUCACCACUGUCCCUGUCCGCGUACAGGUCGACUACGAGGCGCCUGUAUCCGAGUACCUGCAGGAUGUCCAGGAGGGAACAGUUUCUCAGAUCCCCCACGAGCACUAUGGUCUUCAGCAUAUCCGCCGUCUCAGCCCUGAUGCUCUCGAGGCGUGUGAACUCCGUACUGGCCUUGUUCUUCACCCGAGCACAGCAGGCGAUGAUGUUUCUGGCGAGGAUCUGCCCGCGGAUCGCCUGGUCCCUGCUGGUGAUGAGGAAGCUGCUCAGGAAGCGCUCAAGUUCAACACAUAUGCUCUCAUGCUUGUGUGCUCUAUUGAUCCCAAGGGCUUCCUCAUCAUGGCGAGCUUUGAUUCCAAGUGUGUGGCGAAGCCUCUGAUGGAGCGGAUUCUGGAUCAGGUCAAGCAAACCGCCCAGAUGCUUGCUGAGAAGAGUCAGACCCGUCUAGGGGAACUGACCUACCUUACUGAGGACAACUGGAAUGACAUCCGCGAGAUGGCGAGCGCCUCUGUUGACGAUGAAGCCUUGAAGGAGUACCCUGACCUUGUGUUUGCUUACAUCGUCGACACACAUGAUGCUAGGCGUAUCCUUCCCAAGGGUGCUAUGGGCGAGCUUAUCAUCCGAAGCACUGCUGAACUCGAGUAUCCUGCGAUCGAAUGGCCUGCCUGGCUAAACACCUUAUAUGGCGAUGAGACCGCGAACCUCGAAGGCACUCUAUACAAGACUGGGAAGCUUGCAAAGUUCAACGCCGCUGGCCAUAUCGAGUUCAUCGAUCAAACGGCCAAGACAAAUGCUGCCUCCCUCACUCAACGACGACCGGCGAAGCGAGUGUCGGCCACGUCACGCAAGCAGCGCAAGCUUCGAGGCCUCUGGAGCCGUGUUCUCGGACUCCCCGAGGAGGACAUUGGCCUCAACGACAACUUCUUCCUUCGUGGAGGCGAUUCAAUCGCUGCCAUGAAGCUCGUGUCGGAGGCUCGUCUCGCGGGUGUCAAGUUGACAGUGGUUCAGAUCUUCCAGAAGAGGACCUUGUACGAUAUGGCCAACGCGAUGGAAGAGGCCGAGGUUGCCAGCCAUGAAGUUGUUGAGAUUCCUGCCUUUUCACUGCUCGAGACUGAGGACAAGGACGAGUUUGUUGACAAGAUUGUUCGUCCUCAACUGGCAAACCCUAACUGGAAGAUCGCCAACGUCCUCCCCGCGAGACCCCUUCAGGAAGUUGCUGUCAAGGGCACUAUUCAGAUCCCUCGAUUCUCAACACGCUACGAGCUCAUGUACUUUGACUCGGCGGUUGAUCGAGCUAAGCUCAUGGCCAGCUGUCGAGAGCUCGUCUCGCGCAACGAGAUGCUGCGAACUGUGUUUGUUGAGCAUGAGGACCAAGGCUACGGCGUUGUCAUCGAAGACCUCGAGGCAGGAUUUGUCCACUAUGAGAUUGACAGCGAAGUCGAGGCCUUCGCCAAGCAGCUCUGUCAGCUUGAUGUGUUGACCAAGAUGCCUCUCGGCUCUGUCUUUGUCAAGUGGUUCCUCGUCGAGGGCGAAGGUGACAAGGCCUGUCUCAUCUUCCGUAUCUCACACGCUCAGUACGACGAGAUCUGUCUGCCCCUGAUUCUCAAGCAGCUUUCGGCGCUCUAUGAGGAUAAGCCUGUUCAGGAGACGGUCCCCUUCUCGUCCUACGUCGGCCACGUAGUGCGUGAGAACAUCCCCAAGGCGGUUGACUACUGGAAAGAGCUGCUCGAGGGUUCUUCCAUUUCGAUACUCCGACCAGAUGUGCCCGUCGAGAAGAAGAACCACUUUGCCAUCCAGAAGACGGUGGACAUCUCGUCAAGGUCCAAGGACGUGACUGUGGCCACACUACCUACGGCUGCUUGGGCACUCUGCCUUGCUCGUCGUCUCUCGACACGAGACGUCACGUUUGGAGAGGUCGUCAGCGGUCGAAACAUCGACUUUCCUAACGCUGAUCUCGUCAUGGGGCCCUGCUGGCAGUAUGCCCCCGUGCGCGUCAAGUUCGCCCCCGGCUGGACCGUCUCGGACCUCCUUAUCCACGUCCAAGAUCAGCACAUCGCCUCCUCGGCGCAUGAGGGUAUCGGCCUUAAGGAGCUUGUCCGUCUCUGCACCGACUGGCCCAAGACGACGGACUGGUUUGACACGGUGGUGCAUCAGGAUGUCGAGCACGUUGAGACCCUCGACUUCCAGACCGCCAGCAGCAGAAUGGAGACGGUUUACGUCCACGAAGAACCCCUGCGCGAGUGGAAGAUUCAGGCCUUCCCCUCUGGCGAUACCCUCACACUCGAGAUCGUCACGGUACAGUCGUGGAGCGGUUACGCAGAGGAGCUGCUCGAGGACCUGGCAGGCGUCCUAUCAUUCCUGGCCAAAGACCCCGAGGCGAGGUUGUUUGAGGACGAGGCAGCCCAAGAGGUCGUCGAGUAA